UCACCUUUCCCCCCUGCCACUCGAUUUCCUCAAACCAAAUCCCCAUGAAAUCAUAAACUUUCUCUCAACCAACCACACUCAUUCACUUGCCUCACCAUGCAUUCUCCUCAUUCACAUUUCUUCCUAUAUAAACCAACACCCUUCAACUCUCUCCCCAUCCAACAACAACAUUCUCAUUCUAGCUGUUAGUUAAUCAAUUCAAUUCCAUUCUCUCUCCUCAACCUUCUGAUCCUCCUCCUACUUCUUCAACAUACCAUGGACAGUUACCACCACCACCACCAGAUUCACCACCAGAGCUUCGAUUCCAACAACACUGAUGCUAGCCUUCCACCUGGCUUCCGCUUCCACCCCACUGACGAGGAGCUCAUCACCUACUACCUCCUCAAGAAGGUUCUCGACAGCAACUUCACUGGAAAAGCCAUUGUUGAAGUCGACCUCAACAAGUGUGAACCAUGGGAGCUUCCAGGGAAAGCGAAGAUGGGUGAGAAGGAGUGGUACUUCUUCAGCCUCCGUGACAGGAAGUACCCAACGGGGUUACGCACCAACCGUGCCACUGAAGCUGGGUACUGGAAAGCCACCGGAAAAGACAGAGAGAUUUACAGCUCCAAAACCUGCUCACUCGUUGGCAUGAAGAAAACUUUGGUUUUCUACAGAGGAAGAGCACCCAAGGGAGAAAAGAGUAAUUGGGUCAUGCAUGAGUAUCGCCUUGAAGGCAAAUUUGCUUACCACUACCUCUCUAGAAGCUCCAAGGAUGAAUGGGUGAUAUCACGUGUUUUUCAGAAGAACACCGUUGGUAGCGGUGGUGCCGCCGUGUCUGGCGCCUCCGGCGGCUCCAAGAAGGGGAUGCGAGCUAGCACCGGGGGAUCUUCUAGCAUGAGCCUCUGCGGCAGCGCCUAUGAACCUGGUUCGCCGGCGUCUUCUUCCAUUUACCUUCCGCCGCUUAUGGAAUCUUCUCCAUACACUGCCACCAGCUCCGCCGCCACCUCCGCCGCCUUGUUUAAAGACGGUGACUCCUUCGACAGCGUGAAAAGAGAGCACGUGUCCUGUUUCUCCACAAUCAACAAUGCCGCCGGCAACAACAACAGCUUCUCCGGCGGUGGGUUUGACCUUGCUCCUCUCGCCGUGGACCCUUUCUCCCGGUUCCAGAGGAACGUUGUCGGUGUCUCAGCCUUCCCCAGCCUGAGGUCGUUGCAGGAGAAUCUCCAGAUGCCAUUCUUUUUCUCCCCGCCGGCGGCGCAGCCCAUGAAUGCUGACGUGGCGGGAUGUGGAAACGUCGGGAACUGGCCGGUGAUGGAGGAGCAUGUGGUGUCUGACGGUGGCUCCGGCAUGCCGGUGGGAGCAUCGGAGCUUGAUUGCAUGUGGGGCUAUUGAUUUCUGGGUUGACCUUGUUUUAACCAUUAGGAUUAAGCUUUGAAUAUUAUAUUAUCUAGUUAAUUAGGCUUUGCAUUAAUCAAAUUAGCUAGAAAAUGGAAAUGUGUGAUUCCAUUUUUGGGCUUGGGCUUUUCUUUCAACUUGGUUGUAGUAGACUAGUAGUAAGUAUUGUUGCUUGGAGUUGCUAGGGUAGUAUUGGUAUUAUUCAUGUGGUUGUAUUUUGGACAAUGUGACUAGUGCCUAGUGGUUAAUUAUUAAUGUAAUAUAUCUAUGAACGUUUGGAAAUUAAA